AUGGCAGCUACAUCAAGAGUUCAAUGUACAAAAUGUGAGAAAAAUUCUGGUAUAAUCACAUGCAAUGGCUGUUUAGAAGAAUUGUGCAGACGGUGUUUCAAUGAUCACCGUCAAGAUUUGUUAAAAGAAUUCGACAAUGUUGUUUACGAACACGAUAUGCUCAAACAGCAGCUUGAAACGCCAAAUGAAAAUGAGUCUCAUCCUUUGUUAAAACAAAUUGAUGAAUGGAAGAAAGACUCUAUCAAUAAAAUCAAACAACUUGCUGAACAAUGUCGGACUGACGUUGUCAAAUUGCUCGAUAAGAACAAGGACACAUUUAUCAAUAGAUUGCGCAAAAUAACGAAUACAGUUCGUAAAGGUAGAGAUGAUGAAGACUAUGAUGAACGUGAUCUCAGAAAGUGGAUGGAUGACUUAAAAGAAUUAAAAGAUGAACUUAUCAAACCAUCGAACUUCUGCGUCGAAGAGGAUAAACAACAAUCUCCUUGGAUUCCAAAGAUCACAGUGCGAGAAAAUUUCUACGACCAAGCAAAAGCAAAAAAUGGUAAGUCGUGA